AAUGUGUGUCGGCCUCACAGGACCAGUGGAGUCGGCGAACAACUGAUGUUUCAAAACGAUACGAGCGCAGCUCUCGGGCGGGUCGGGUAAAAAUGGCAGCGGUUGCGUUGAAGGCUGGGGCCUUCGCAUCUUUAUGUGCGAUUCUGAUUGCUCUUUACGUAAGAAAGCAUUUGGACGAAGUGCUGAAAGAUAGACUGGUCUCUGUACUACAAGGAUUAGUGGAAGUCGAGCAGCAACACUCCAUAGAUACGCCACGUCGCGUGGCAGUAGGCUACGGUGGGUGUCAUGACUUAUUUGUCAACGCCGAAGACUUGCUAGAAUUCCAGGAUGCGGCUCGAAAUCCCGAGCAUUUCAGCCACAUUAAGACUUACGACGAGCUUCUGAAGACAUAUGCCUAUUUUUUUAGGCAUGGAGCAGCUGCCGAGGAUACCAGGCCAUCUAACGGCGGAUGUUUGAACGAAGCAUCUGGCAACCCUGUGAAAAGGAUGUUACGCAUAUCUGGUGGUUGUGUAACCUAA